CGAUUGAGAUGGUUGAAGAGCAAAAUACUGUUAAUGUUUCAAGAGAAAGCGAGACACCUCUGUAUUCUGGGCUUUCUUCUGUGACCUCUAGUCAUUAUCAAGGGCUGCAGCACAUGAACGCCUGUUAUGAAAACUCAGAUGUGGCCCAGAUGAAGAAAAAGAACGAACUUCAAGCUUAUGAAGAAAUAGGACAGGUUCGUACGUUCAUCCGUUACGUAAAGUUAUUCCAGUUGCCUUUAAUUUUAAUCUAGAUCCCCUUGAUGUGAAGUGCUUUGGUGUUAGUGAGUGGUUAUUUUCUGACGUUGAUUGGAAUUAAAUUAGAUGGGGGUAUACCGUAACAAUAUUAUAAUACACAUUUCUAAACAAGCUAGUCCCCUAAUGAAUAAGGGGCACCAAAAACCAAAUCUAAUAAUUGUUUUAUUAUACUUUUAAUAUCCAGUUGAAUAUAAUACCGACAAAUCAAACACACCAGAGACAUACUUUGACGACAUUGCUCUCCGAAAUUAUACAUUGCGAGCACAACUUACAGAUUUGCUUCUUCCUAAUUAACUAUAGGCUCUAUUUAGCCAAUGAGAGUGCAGAUAUUGGCUGCAAUGUAUAACAACUCCGCGAAGUACGUCCGCAUCAAUUUGAAAGGAACAUUUCAAUCAGUGAAAACAGCAUGGACAAAAUUUACAAACUAGGUACAAAAAUCUGUCAUUCACAUAAUUGUGAUUUUACAGUUUUGAAAGUCGUGCCAAAGCAAAGGCAAUGCGUGUUACUUGAUGCUUUCACCCGGAAUUUCAGUCUUUUGUACUUAAGAGUUUCUCGCUCAUUUUGAGUAAUGUAAAUAAUGCAGUUUGUAAUAUAUAUGUUGCAUUGUGAAUGAGAGGUCGUGGAUAUAGCAGUACGUGUUCUCUUAUGAUCUAGACUCGGGAUAGAUGUGGACGUUAGAAAGGUAAAACUAAAAGCUCUUUAAUUUCUUUUCAUUUGCAGGCCUCCAGUGACACGUAUGCAACAGUGUCUUCUAAAUUACCAGGGGCACCAACGGGAAAUUUUGAGAAAAAGACCUAAAAACAACAAC